CGUUGAGGAAUAAGCCCAGUUAUGGUCCUGAUUCCUGGUUUCUCUACUUCAGCUGCACUUUGAGUUCCCUCCUUUCCAGGAUGUUCAGGUCUCAGGUAACACUGACACUUGUGGCAAUCUACUUGUCUGCUGUGCAAGGACGUCGCCUGUGCCACCCAACCAAUGCCACCAUCUCUGCCGAAAAAGAUGACUGUCCGAUCUGCGUCACUCUCACCACAACCAUCUGCAGUGGGUACUGCCUGACACGGGAUCCGGUAUUCAAGAAUGCCCUUUCCUCUGUGUACCAGAACAUCUGCACCUAUAAUGAGAUCCGCUACGACACCAUAAAACUCCCAGACUGCCUGCCAGGCACAGAUCCCUUUUUCACCUAUCCGGUGGCAGUGAGCUGUAAGUGCAACCAGUGCAAGAUGGACUACAGCGACUGUACAGUGCAAAGCAUUGGGCCAGACUUCUGCACCAACUCUCUCGUAUCGCAGUUCCAGCUGAUUAACUGACCGAACCACCUUCAGGCACGUGGCUGAGCAGAGAGAAUCUGCCUUUCCUCGAGCAGUGUGUAAAGUCUAAAUAAAACGUUAUCACCUCAA